AUGCCAAAGCAAAAGUCCUCGAGACUGACGGCAUUAUUCGACAUCAGGUUGAAAAACUGUAACCACGAUGUUCUUUUGCUUAAGGGCACAGAACACAAUGCUGCUUCGACUUUUAUCAGCGGCAAGAUUGUGGUAUCAGUUAACGAGCCUAUCUCUGUGAAGAAGAUAACACUCAGGUUGUAUGGUACUCUUCGCUUGAGGUAUACUGAUACUCGUGGUGCGGUACCUAAACCUGCCAGAUUUGAAAAGAAGGUCUUUGAAUACGUUUGGGAUCCGAAGGAGAUCACCAAGUACUUGGACAACAUGUAUGAGAACUCCAACGGCAAUGGCAGUUCUGGGUUCACAGGCCAGUCGCCUUCUAGUCCAUCAAGCACUUUGGCAAGAAGUCCAGUGAAGUCUAAGGCUUCAUCGACAUCUUUGAAGAGUUUGGGUAUGACUUUCAGGUCAUUGUCGUCAUCUUCGUUGACCCCACAUAACCAGUCUGGUAACAACGGGUCAUCGGCCUCGUCAUCAUCUACCAAUGUCAACGCUAGAGGUAACCAUGUGCUUGUUCAGGGCAAUUACGAAUUCCCAUUCAGCGCCAUCUUGCCAGGUGAUAUGCCAGAAUCCAUUGAGGGUCUUCCAGGUGCAAGUCUUAUCUAUAAGCUUGAGUCGACUAUUGAUAGGGGAAAGUUCCACCUGCCAAUGGUGACCAAGAAGCAUGUUAGAGUUGUCAGAACAAUGACUACCGAUUCUGUUGAACUUUCUGAAACUGUGGCUGUCGACAAUACAUGGCCCAAAAAAGUGGAAUAUUCGUUGAAUGUUCCCAGCAAAGCUAUUGCUGUGGGUUCAGGAACACCGAUAUCAUUAAUGUUGGUACCUCUUCUUAAGGGUUUGCAUUUGGGCGAAAUCAGAGUUUCUUUGGUGGAGCUAUACUCUUAUGUGGGUUACCUUCCCCCAGCACACACUGAUGAGAGAGUCGUUUGCGAGAAGAUUAUCCCAACGCCAUCACCAGACGACCCCGACUACCAAAUGGAUAAGUGGGAGAUUGACACCUUCCUCCGUAUCCCUCCUAGCUUAUCAACAUGCACUCAAGACUGUGAUAUACAAACACACGUUAAAGUGAGGCAUAAGCUUAAGUUCAACAUUGGUUUGUGCAACCCAGAUGGCCACACUUCUGAAUUGAGAGCGUCCUUGCCAGUUCAAAUUUUCAUUUCUCCAUUUGUGUCAGUCAGAGCUAGACACGAGGAAGGCGAGUUACAGGAUGCUCAUGAGUAUACAAGUAAUGCUGACGACGAGGAAGUGCUAUUCUCGAGUGACCCUCACAACACAUCGUUGACCAACUUACAGCAAUACGAAGCAGAUGCUCGUCAAGCCAGUGAGGGCCAAGCCGAGGAGGCCAUCCGGUCGAACCCUCAUUCAUACUCGUCAUUCACUGGUCUUGUCGCUCCACCAAUGUAUGAACAGCAUGUUUACGACAAAUUGUGGUCGGAUGUGUCACCUAUGGAAUCACCUAUGACUUCAGGAGCAUCUACCCCUAGGUCGAGACCUAAUGGUGACGUGCUGCAGUUCAGCAUGAGCAGCAUAGAUACCGCCCAGUUGACAGAGAACUUGAGACAGCUUAGUGUUCAAAGACAAUUACAGGAAAGCUUAGAAGGCAACACGGUCCUGUCGCCAGCUUCUCGUGAGAGAGCUGUCUUCACAAUGGAUGGUGAACAAGAAGGCGGUGACUACUUCGCCAGAAGACCACCUCUACAUUCACAACUUCUGCAUGGCCACGGAAGCUACAGUGGCACUAAUUCUCACUUGAGUACGCCUGGUGGUAUGUACAAUGGUAUGGUGCAUUCUCCAGGCAUCAUGACUCCCCCAGUACAUCUUUCCAGAGCAGGCUCGGAGACCAACCUCGCUGCUGAAGAUAUGGGCAGAGUCCCCAGCUACAAUGAAGCUAUACGAGGUGAAGUGCCUGACACCCUUUCACCAGCAUACCAGCCACCCCAGCCUGGUUCUAAUAUCAACGCCGACGAGGUGAACAGAAGAUUCGAAGAGAACAUGUCUAGGUCUGGAACACCAGUUGGACUGGCACCAAAUUCCAGAAACCGAGGACUUUUGAGCAGAGCAGGUAGUUCGUUCAACUUGUCGUCCAGGAACUCUUCCAACAAGCUGUCGCCGUCGUCAUCCAGAAACGUUUCCAGCACCAACUUGGCUAACAUGCUGAAUGAGAGCAAAAGCACUGAUGCAAGGUUUGUUGCAUUGGCUGAGGAGGAAGAGGGCCUCAUGGGAUCAAGACGGGUGUCCUCUAACGCUCUGAGGAAACAACAGUAUAAGGACUCAGGGACGGAAGAUAUCGAGAUGAAGCCCAUUGCACCUUCUAUAUUUGACAUUUCAAACGGAUUAGACGAGAACUUGGCCACGAUCAAGACGAAAACAAACGAAUUGAGCUCACUCUACAAGAAGCUCCUAAUAACCAGAGACAAUGAGAAACAGAGGUUGGAAACACGCAUUGAGGAUCUUAAUUACGACACAACCAAGCUCUUUGAAAACUGCUAUGUGCUUAUAAAGAAGUUUGAGUUUCUACAGAAGAAUUUCCAGAGACUCAAGCUAGACUACACCCAGGACGAGCUUUCCAUUAUCGAGAACUAUAAGAAGACGUACGCUUUGAAGAUCCAGGACAGUUCUCUCAUAUACAGAAACUUGCAGAACAACUAUAUCAAGUUUUUGAAGGACGACGAUGAUGCGGAGACUGAUAGGCUUCUAUCAUCGGGAAACUCUUCUACGGUGGCUCUAGAUGAAGAGGACUCAAAGAACAUUGAGGAUUACUCAAAGAUGGUUCUUCAGCAAGCACAAACCCAGAUCCAGAACAAUCCGAAUUCCCAGAUCUUGGCUCAGAGAGAACGUGAGAUCUCUAAAUUGGCUAUGGGUAUUCUUGAAAUCUCCACUAUAUUCAAGGAAAUGGAAACUCUAAUAGUUGACCAAGGCAGCAUGUUGGACAGAAUUGACUAUAACUUGGGCAGAACAGCCGAGGACCUCAAGUCUUCAGAUAAGGAGUUGUUGAAGGCACAGGUUUACCAGAAGCGUACGACAAAAUGCAAGAUCAUCUUCCUCUUGAGUUUGGUGGUAUUGGCGUUGUUCAUAAUCGUGGUUGUCAAGCCCCAUGGCAAGACCAAAGUCGUUGAAAAACCUGCGCCUCACGAUCCGGCGCCACAACGACCAGUACCUGAUAACAAGCCUGUGGAAGGCGAUGCUCAAUAA